CCUCUCUCCCCUCCCCUCCGCGGCCAGUUCCGCGGCUCCUCCCGACGUUUCCCCUCCGACGCCGCGUCCCUGAAGCCGCUUUCCGGGGAGGGUCCGCGCGCGCUUGUGUGCUUGGAUCGGCGUCUCUGCGCUGCCGUGCGCGCAGCCAGCAGCAGCAGCAGCAGCAUCCCCUCGGCUCGGUGGCCCCCGCGGUGGACAUGGUGGGCUUCGCCGUCCCCGCAGAAGUCAGCGUGCUCCUCCUGGACAUCGAAGGCACGACAACACCCAUCGCGUUUGUCAAGGAUACUCUGUUUUCCUACAUCAAAGACAACAUCCGAGAGUACCUUCGUGCACACUGGGAGGAAGAGGAGUGCCAAGAAGACGUUGGCCUUCUGAGAAAACAGGCUGAAGAAGAUGCUCACAUGGAUGGAGCAGUGCCCAUCCCGCUGGAGACAAGGGAUGGAGAGGAGGAGGUGGAGCGCAUCAUCCAGGCCGUCAUAGACAACGUCCACUGGCAGAUGUCUUUAGACAGGAAGACAACCGCCUUAAAGCAGCUCCAAGGCCACAUAUGGAGGGCAGCGUACGAAAACGGCCGCCUGAAGGGAGAGUUCUUUGAUGAUGUGGUUCCAGCAGUUAGGAAAUGGAGAGAAGCAGGGAUGAAAGUUUACAUCUAUUCCUCUGGGAGUGUUGAGGCGCAAAAGCUCUUUUUUGGGAACUCCACAGAAGGCGAUAUUUCCGAGCUUUUUGAUGGCCACUUUGACACCAAAAUAGGCCCGAAAGUGGACAGCGAGAGUUACCAGAGGAUUGCCGCAAGCAUUGGGUGUUCCACAAGCAACAUACUGUUCUUGACGGAUGUCACUCGAGAGGCAGAUGCCGCAGAAGAAGUCGACAUGCACGUGGCGAUAGUAGUCCGGCCGGGCAACGCGGGCCUGACGGAUGACGAGAAAUCUUAUUAUAGACUCAUAACCUCUUUCAACGAACUCUUCUUGCCGUCCUCCACUUAAAGAAGCGAAUUUCUGUGUUUCUGUUAAGAAAGGAAAGAAAGGAUGAUGUGGGAGCGACGCCUGACCAAAAUCCUCCUUGUACUAUAAUACGGUAGUUUUUUGCUGGUGACAUGAAUUUUGGAAUUGAGAGCAUUGGGAUCCUUGGCCUUCCAGUGACAGGAAUUUGAACCCGGUGUGGUUGGGACAUCUGCUGGUGUUGCAGGCACACCUUGGACCCAGCGGCUGCAAAGCCCUGGUUGUCAGCACAACCUUGCUUUGGAAUUGCACGCGGAAGUCAUGCAAACCACCAGGAGGAUGUUGUCCAUGGAAGGCCUUCUCGAGACGAAGGGGGCUGCCUAAGUUUUCCCGCAGCCACCGUUCAUCUCCGGAGGCUCCUGUGUAGGAGAUCCUCGCCGUGGGUUGUGGCCAGCAUGUUUACCUCAGACACACAUUCCCUUAGCUUCAUUCUCUCCUGCAAUUAAUAAACAAGUCUUUUAAGUUUUUUUUAAUGUUCUUCUGUUUUCGGUUUGCAAGCAGGGGUGGGGAACAUCAGGCUCAGGGCCAAAUGCAGGCCUUGGGAUUCUCCUCAGGCCCCGCCCCUUCCUCUGGCCACACCCCUUUCUGGUUCUGCUCCUCUGGUGCGUUUUAUCUAGCUGGAACGUGCCCCUAUCUUGCUUGUCUUAGUGAAGGAUGGAAAGAUUCAGGGAGCAGACACACAACAGCCCCGUGUUUUGCAUGCUGGAAUGUAGCAUGCUAUGCAAAGGUCACAUUGUUUGCUCUGCUUAAGAGUUAACUAAUCCGCUGGGGAAAUAAGGUACUGAGAGGUUUGCAAAGUGAACUGACCUGCAGACCAAAAGCUGUAAACACUUUUGAAGGCCUUCCCAGGUGAGGCUUUCUGUGCCAAGGUGGUGCAAUAUUUUGCCCACCCCCAUCCCAGCGUGUUUUGGGAGAUCUGUACAAUGUUAGCAUAGCCAAUGUAUAGAUUGGUGGGGUAGGGAAGGAUUGUAUUUUCCUUUUACUUUUGAUGCUGGGCAAAUACAAUCUCUCCCCUUCAGCUAGUUGAGUGUUUCGUGCAUUGCCGCUGCAGUCAAUUGGACAGUACCUGUGUCGUCGAGGCCACAAAUCACACCAGUCAUUUCUCCCUGUGACUGUUGAAUUCCCAAAAUUUCAUCUCCCCCCCCCCCAGACGGUUCACCCCACUGACCUCUUUCAAAGUCUGCCAUGUCUUUUUUGAGUCGCCAAGACAGGAGUGUGUAUCGCCUCAAAUUCAGUGCGCAGCUGUCUCCAGCCGAAUAGAUUGCUCCUUUCCGUUCUGCGUGGAAGAGAUACAACUUCGUCCACACCGGACAGGGCGAAUGCUGAGAGAAAGCAGUGUCAUUUUCCACACAAGCAACCACUUCCUUGCUUGUAAGUAAAUACUGUCACAAGGCACUGUAACCAGGGCAUUGUAUUAAAGGCAUAUUUUUGCAGCUGUCUUGGCCAGUAUUGAGCAGCUCUGUGUCUGGCCAGGACCUGGGUGGCAGAUGGCCUGGAACACCUAUGUCUUAAGAUGGACAGAAUGCAGAAUAUAACAGACCGCAGCACCCUCAUUGUAAAUUUCAAACACUGUGAUACAACCUUUAGUGGUCGUGGCUUCUCAUCGCCACCCAAAACCAUCAGAAGUAGAGUUUGUUAAGUUUUCAGGAGACCCCGUGUCACCUCGCAGAGUGACAAUUCCCAGAGUUUCCUGGAAAGGGGGAUUGAUAGAACAAUUCUGGGAACUGUAGCACCGUAUGAUUGUUAAAGCGGUAUGAUGCUGCUUUAAUAGUACCGUGUAGAUGUGGCCAUAAGUAUAGCAAGUUACAUUCACAUCAUGUUGUAGGACCAGGGGGCGGGCAGGCUCUGUCCUAGGGAAAAGUCCUACCCUAUGCAGAAGCCCAGAACAAGGCUUUGGCCUCUUCAGGUAUUUGAAAAGGGCUGUUAGAAACAGUGCGCAUGAAUAUGUGAUUCACCCUGAUGCGUAAGGAUCCCAGUUCUCGCCACAACCAUUGCAUGUUGGGAAACAAAAUAUUUCCACUGAAAGCCACGUGCAACCAUUUUAGCAAUAAAGCUUCUUCCUCGAGUAGCGAUGGGAAGCGUCCCUUUUGCUGCAGAUCUAUUUAAUGUCCGUGUGAUUGUUGCCUUGUAAUGCAUGUGUUGUCUUUAAACAAAUCUGUGGCCGAAACGGAAGACCAGCAGCCAUGGCCCCUCUGUCUGAACUAGCUUCACUUCCGCCCAUGCACUUGUGGUAAAUAAAGGUUUGUCUUUAGUGUUUGACAAGCA